AUGCAAGCGGGUGUUGCGAGAACACGCGAUCUAGCCGGCAACGUCUUGUAUUUAUUCGAACUACAUAGGGCUGAAGAGAAUGGGGAGCCGCUGGAUUCCGUGGGGUAUGGCAAACUGGCCCGUGUCACGGAAUUCCCGUCCCCCGAGCAUGACGAAGGUACGACCCAGGAGGUCGCGCGCGAAUUCGAUUAUCGCGAGCACGAUUACGACGACAACUGUGGUGCCGAUGAUCGCUGCCAGGACGACUACGACGACUGUCAACACAAGGAUCGCACCGCUGCCGAGGAACCCAAUGACGACAAUGAUGAUGACUACGACAAUGACGAUGAAAAUGACGUCUGCGACGAGCAAGAUGCAGCUAAUGAUAACGGCCAAGUCGAUGAUCCUCGCCACGCUGAUGAUGAUGUUGAAGAUGGCAGUUAUGCUCGCCCCGAUUGUCGCUGCUCCCGGAACUAUCUAUAUCCGUCGGUGGUGCGUCUGGUGGGUGCUGGUGUGGUGGUGCGCCGUCUACCGAUCCCUCGUGUUACGGGUUAUUGCCGGCCGACCGGUCGUUCGCCUACGUGUACCCGCAGUGCGGUCGACUGCCGGGUAACUACCGAAGGUCAUUACCCGACUGACGGGGCGCGCGUCGACGACCAGUUGUCGUUACGUUACGUCGCGGACGACGACGUGCGCGACGGCGACCACAACCGCGAUCGCGUUGACGACGGUGACGGGGACGAGGACGAGGACGAGGACGACGACGACGACGACGACGACGAUUACGACGACAGCAACAACGACGACGACGACGUGCACGACGACAUCGGGGAUAUGUGCGGGUGCGCUACGUCCACGCGGCGAGGACUGGGGACUGCUGCGGGUAAAUCGGCACGGCGCGCCAAGUCCUCGUGUUCGGUACAUAGGACGCCCGGGAUACGGUAG